CUGUUGCAGUUUGCAGUUGCACUCGGAAAGGACUUUCUCUGUUUAAAGCGGGCAGACCCUCGUCCCAACUCAUUAACUCAAUGGAAGGUUUCGUUCCUAUUCUGCUCCCUCUGUAACUGCUGGUGAAGAUCAGAUAAAACCCAAUAGGCGUCAUCAUUCUGCUCUUCUUCAUAUCCUAAAAUUAUACGUCUGCAUUGUAAAGAAAAGAAAUUAAGAAAGCUAGAGGUGUAGUGUGACGACAUGGGAAGGCUGUUUGCGAUCAGUCUUGAAGGAAACAUCUACAGCUGCAAGCACUGCAAAACCCAUCUUGCUCUUGUUGAUCACAUACUCUCUAAGUCGUUUCACUGCAGACAUGGAAAGGCUUAUCUUUUUCAUAAUGUUGUUAAUGUCACACUCGGAGAGAAAGAAGAGCGGAUCAUGAUUACUGGAUUACAUACUGUUGCCGACAUAUUUUGUGUUUCAUGUGGCUCAAUGGUGGGGUGGAGAUACGAGGCUGCACAGGAGAAAAGCGAGAAGUACAAGGAAGGGAAAUUUAUCCUUGAGAGAUUCCAGAUUCUUGGUCCUGAUGGAAGCAACUACUCGAUAGCUUUGGAAGCUCAGAUUGGUGGAAGCGAUGCUGAUGAUGCUUGAUUGAUCAAAACAUUCAGGAAAUUGCACUUGGUUAAAAUGUAUAUUCUUUGCUACCACGUGUUUCUUUAUUGAGUCUUCACUUUUGGGUUAAAUUUUUUCUUAAUCGAUGAUGUAAUCUAAGAUCCUAGGUUCUUUCUAUUGUCAUCUUAUGCAAAUUGUUUAAGAACAUGGUCAUUUUUGAAGAGCAAUAAAGUUGCUCAUCAACUUCUUGAAAAGAAAGAAAAUGUUGUGUACUUCCAA